UUUUAGAGGAAAAAAAUAAGCACUUCCUCGUUGCCAUUGCUGGCAACUUUGAUUUUUUGAAGCCUGUUCAACAAACUGACAUUUCUGUCGCAAAUAAUUUCUAACAAAGAAUGGAACAACUUAACCAAACCAGCACAUAGAUGAUGCCGAUAAUGAUGAUAAUGAUCCAGAGCAAAACAACAUGAACAGAUCUAUCAGAGAAGCCACAUUUAUUCUCAUCAUUUCGCACUUGCUCUCCCCCCAGAAUCUUUCGUACGCAGCCGACGCCAUGGAUGCAACUCAGAGCGUCACAUACAACCAAACUCUGGUUUCCGCAGGCUCCAUUUUCGAGCUAGGGUUUUUCAGCCCCCAAAAUCCCCAAAAUUGGUAUCUGGGAAUAUGGUACAAGAAGGUGUCCGUACACACACCAGUGUGGGUCGCCAACAGGGAAGCCCCGCUAAGGACCAAUUCGUCGGGCGUGUUGAAGAUCAUCGCACCAGGGAUUCUGGUCCUUCUCAACGACACCAACCACACCCUAUGGUCUUCCAGCGGCGGCGGCGGCGCCGCCGGCAAUCCGAUUGUGCAGUUGCUGGACUCAGGAAAUCUUAUCCUCCGAAAUGCCGGAGACGAUAAUCCGAGGAAUCGCCUCUGGCAGAGCUUCGAUUAUCCGACGGACACGUACUUAUCGGGCAUGAUGUUCGGCCUGAACUCCGUCUACCUCUCGUCCUGGAAGACCGCCGGCGACCCAUCUCCGGGAGAGUACAAACUCUACUUCGAUCCGACGGGUUACCCGCAAGUUUUCACAGAAAGAGACGGCGCAAUUCUUCAUCGAAUCGGGCCGUGGAAUGGCUUAGUCUUCAGCGGCACGCCAUAUGUGACAGACGAUCCAUCGUUCAAGUUCGGAGUGUACAGAAACGAGGAGGGAAGGUUUUAUCUUAGAGACGAUGCUCUCGACCAGUCUGUAAUGUCGAGGGUCACCCUGAGCACGGCGGGGGCGUUAGAACGGUGGCGAUGGGUGGAUCAAACACAAGAAUGGAUUCUGCAGAUGAGUGUCCCGAUGGAUAAUUGUGAUACUUACAACUCGUGUGGAGCAUAUGGGAGUUGCUUCUCUGGGGGCUAUCGGAUUUGUUCGUGUUUGGAUAAGUUUGAGCCUAAAGAUCCUAAAGGAUGGCCGGAAUUGGAUUGGUCGAGGACCGGGUGUGUCCGGAGGACACCGUUAAAUUGUAGUGCUCGGGAUGGGUUCGUUAAGUAUUCGAGUUUGAAGCUACCGGAUGCGCGCGGCUCGUGGUAUGACGAGAGAAUGACGCUCAAGGAAUGCCGGGAGAAGUGCUUGAAAAAUUGCUCGUGUACGGCGUACACGAGGUUGAAUGUGAGUGAAGGAGGGAGUGGUUGUUUGCUGUAUUUUGGAGAUUUGGCGGACAUUAGGAGUAUAUCUAAAGACGAGCAAGAUUUGUUCGUUCGAAUGGCUGCAUCCGAGUUAGCAGACUCCGCGGGGAAGAAAAAUGUGAAGCUAAUAGCGAGUGUGACGAUAGUAGGAGCCGCGGUUCUGUUAAGCGUAAGCAUUGUUCUCUGUAUGUGGAGGAAGAAGAAUAAGAAUUCUGUUGGAAGAAUUGCUGAAAGCCAUGGCAGUGACCUGGAGCUGCCAUUGUUCGACUUGUCUACGAUCUCUAAAGCUACCAACAAGUUUUCGAUUCGCAACAAGAUUGGAGAAGGAGGCUAUGGGCCUGUUUAUAAGGGGACGCUGAGAGAUGGACAGGACAUAGCUGUAAAAAGGUUGUCCGAGAAUUCGAAGCAAGGAGUCGAGGAAUUCAAGAAUGAGGUCAUUUUCGUCGCCAAACUUCAGCAUCGAAAUCUUGUGAAACUCUUGGGGUGUUGCAUUCAAGGGGAGGAAAAAAUGCUAAUCUAUGAAUACAUGCCCAACGGAAGCCUCGACAACAUUAUAUUCGAUCGAGGAAAUGGAAUAUCCUUGGAUUGGCCUACGAGAUUCCGUGUAGUUAUGGGAAUCGCAAGAGGACUAAUGUAUCUUCACGAAGAUUCGCAGCUGAGAAUAAUCCAUCGCGACCUCAAAGCGAGCAACAUAUUGCUAGACGGCGAAAUGAACCCAAAGAUAUCCGACUUCGGCAUUGCUAAAAGAUACAAAGGAAACGAUCAAACAGAAGAUAUAACGAAUCGAGUCGUGGGAACACAUGGUUAUAUGUCACCAGAAUAUGCAUCCCGUGGUCGAUUUUCCGCGAAAUCGGAUGUGUUUAGCUUCGGAGUUAUCGUCUUAGAAAUCAUAAGCGGGAAAAGGAACAGCUCAUAUUCUCAAGGAGAUUUUAACCACAAUCUUCUAGCACAUGCAUGGGCGAUGCACAUGGAAGGAAGAUCGAUAGAAGUAGUUGAUUGGCAUUUACAGAAAUCGGAGGAUUUUGACGAGGUGGCGCGGGUAAUCCAUGUGGGACUGCUAUGCGUUCAACAACAUCCGCGCGAUAGGCCUAGCAUGACAUCGGUGGUGGCGAUGCUAAGCAACGUAGAGAACGAGGGCGAGAUGCCUCGACCGCGGCAACCUGGGUUCUUUAUGAAAACUCGUACGUUGAGGUGCUGCGAUCGGACGAGUUCCGACAAUGAGAUGACUAUCACAGUGCUAGAUGGGCGAUAGAAAUGAAGAGGGAAAAUUUGUAAGAGUUUUUGAUAUUUUUUAUUUUUGUAUAAAAGUAAUUGUAUGUGUGAUAUUUUGU